AGACCAACAAUAAUCAUAAUAAGAAGUUUUUACACGGAUUUGAUUUGAACAGAUCAAAAGAUUGAGGUGUUGAUGGUGACGGGGAAGGAGCAGACGACGACGGAGUUGAUGCAGCAUGGCAAUGGCGCGGCUAUGAACUCUGUCACAAAUGAGGAAGUUGCCAUAAAGAAGAUUGGGAAUGCGUUUGACGAUGGUAUCGACCCGAAAAGGACAUUACGGGAAAUAAAAAUCCUCAGCCACAUGGAUCAUGAUAAUGUAAUUAUGAUUAAAGACAUCAUAAGGCCUCCUCAGAAGGAAAACUUCAAUGAUGUGUACAUUGUUUAUGAGCUAAUGGAUACUGAUCUUAAUCAAAUUAUUCGAUCUAACCAGCCAUUGGAUGAUGAUCACUGUCGGUACUUCCUUUACCAAAUAUUGCGCGGGCUCAAGUACAUUCAUUCUGCAAAUGUGUUGCACCGAGAUCUGAAGCCCAGCAAUUUGCUUCUGAAUGCUAAUUGUGACCUGAAGCUUGGAGACUUUGGGCUUGCGAGGACAAAAUCUGAGACAGACAUCAUGACUGAAUAUGUUGUGACUCGCUGGCAACCCCUUUUUCCCGGAAUAAAUCACGUUCACCAGUUAAAACUCGUCACACAGCUGAUAGGAUCUCCGGAUGAUGCUAGCCUUGGAUUUCUUCGUAGUGAUAAUGCUCGACGAUAUGUGAAACAACUUCCGCAGUAUCCAAGGGAGCCAUUUUCUAGAAGAUUCCCCAAUUCUUCUCCCGGAGCAGUGGAUUUGCUUGAAAGAAUGCUCGUCUUUGAUCCUAGUCGCCGUAUUACAGUUGACGAGGCACUGUGCCAUCCAUACUUGGCGCCUCUCCACGACAUUAACGAGGAGCCCGUCUGCCCAAAGCCUUUCAGUUUUGACUUUGAGCAGCCAUCCUUCACUGAAGAAAACAUUAAAGAGCUCAUCUGGAGGGAGUCUGUAAUGUUCAAUCCAGAUCCUCCUCCUACUACUACAAACAACUGAAUAUUAUAUGAGCAUCGUCAUGUGUAUGUAUACAUAGAUACAUACAUACAUACACAUUCUGGGGUUAAUAUUGUCAUUAU